CCAUAACCUUAUUGCUCAUCUCUUUACACCUACGCCAACAAACCAAACAGAAUUCAAAAUGGGUAACUGCAUACACCGCGAAUCCUCCACCCAAUGGGGCGGAGACGAAUGGGGAUCAUCACCGUCUCCGUCGCCGGACGACAUGGAAGAGCGACAGCUUCUCGGAGAUCAAAACAGAGACUUGACGAAAUCUUUAUCAGCUAAGUCUAAGACAUCAAAUACGGAAAUAAAGAUCAAGAUUACGAAGAAGCAGCUUGAGGAAUUGCUUGGUAGAGUUGAUAUGAAAGAAUUAUCGAUAGAACAAGUUUUAGGUCAGUUGAUUAGUGUUAGUAAUCAAUCGUUUGAUGCGCAUCAGAAAUCAUGGAGGCCUCAUUUACAGAGUAUUCCUGAGUGUGAUUUAUUAAUUAGUUAAGGAAUUUUUAAGAAUUCAAUUUGUUU